UAAAGGGGCCUCGAAUAAAGCGUCUCUCCGAGGGUUAUCUCGAGCAUUAGGGUUGCUGGAUCCUCAUACAAACGAAGUUUUGGGAAAGGCUCGAUUUUUCUCUGGUCUGCUUUUUCUUGAAUUUAUUAUGGAAGAUUGAGUUAGGGUUCAAUGUCUUGGGCGGGCGCAGAAGAACUUUUUUUAUCCACUUCCCUCGCGAGCUAUCUUGACAAGAAGCUCCUUGUUUUGCUAAGAGAUGGGAGAAAACUGUUGGGCAUUCUUCGGUCUUUUGAUCAAUUUGCAAAUGCUGUUCUUGAAGGGGCUUGUGAGAGAGUAAUUGUUGGAGAUCUCUACUGUGAUAUCUCUCUGGGUCUGUAUGUAAUCCGCGGAGAGAAUGUAGUUUUGAUUGGAGAGCUGGACCUUGAGAGGGAUGAGCUCCCUUCACAUAUGAUAAAUGUUUCACCAGCAGAGAUAAGAAAGGCCCAAAAAGCAGAAAGGGAUGCCACAGAUCUGAAAGGCUCCAUGCGAAAACGAAUGGAGUUCCUCGACUUAGAUUAGGAAUUCAUCAUUCAGACACACCAACUCAUAUUGCCAUCCCUGUGAAUUUCAAAAUCAUAGCUUCCGCACAUUUUAUCGCGGUUUUCUCCUAAAGUGCCUUUCAUGGCUUUUUCUUCCACUAUGCAGCAAAAAAACUUUUACAAGGUUGGUUUCUGUAUUAUAAACUAUGUUGUUGUCCAUUAGAUGCUAAAAUGUUUAUUUGACUAAUAUGUUGAAUGACGGGUGUAAGAAUAUCUUGUAGCUACAAUAGGGAGUCCAAUUGGUUUUUAAAUGCUUCCAGGUUCUUCUAAGUUGCAAUAUCUGACACUUAUGCCAUGCUACUAUUAAGCUCGGCAUUUUGUUCUUGUUUCCUUAAGCUGCUAUUUAGACAGUUGUGUCUUGGCACAUUUCAACUUCACUGAGUAAGUUUAUUGAGUAUGGAUCAUA